AUGUUCUCGAAUUUUGUCACUGCAGCUAAAGGUCUCUUCACGCGACAAGAAUCCGAAGACGCACUCAACACUCCAACUACUGCUUCCGCAAACGCGCCCGCCAUGGUCGCUGCGACUAGGAAAGGGACUGUCCCUUCCCAGAAGAAGGAAAACUCGAAAUCGAACGGCAUGCCUCAGCAGGGAAAGCGCAAGGCUCAGCCGGCACCUACAGAAAAGACGGACGAUAAGCAGAGCAAGCGUAGAAAGAGGAAUGCCCGGGAGUUGGAGAACGACAGCACCGAUGAUAGCGCGAGCGAAAUAUCAAAUGAGCUGAGCGAGGACGACAAGCACGCAGACACAAAGAAUCAUUUCCGAUUCGGAAGCGAAGAGCCACAACUAUCAAACUCAGCCACGCAACCGGAGCUGGCUUCGGCACAAGCGAGUCGGGAUGAUGACGACAGCGACAGCGACAGCGACGACGAUGCACCGGAGGCAUUUGAUAAUGCAACCGCGCUAUUGAAAAUCAAAGAGCAAGCCAAAAAGCAAGAGAAAGCGAAGCAACAGGAGGAUCAACUGCGAAAGGAUAAGCGACGGAAGCUUGAUGAGACUCGCAAGUUGCAAGCCAAGGCCAAGCCAACCGAAGUCACAGCCUCCAGCGAAGAUCUUUUAUCCGAAAGUACCACGACCUUGCUGGGAGACAACACCGAAGAUGCGCGACGCCGCGCCCUCCCUGCAUUGCUUCCGGAUGAUAUUCUGAAUGCCGAGCCAGUUGCCCGUCCCCCAACGCCGCCUGCCGAUAACUUCGGCUUUGCAAUCCCCAAGAAAUCGAAUAAGCUACGGUUCUUGGAGAAGACCGAGAAGCCCCCAAAGGACCUCCAAGUGGGCGAUGUCACGAUCCGGGUUCUGGACGCACCGGCUGUCAAACAAAGUUCCAAGCCCGCGCUCCCCCCCAAGGCCUCCAAGAGUGGACGGGGCACAAGAGAGGGAUGGUUGAAGCAGCAAAAAAGUACAGCGCAUGUGAAUGGUCUACGAAGGACAGCAGGCGGCGCAACAGGGUUCAAGCGCCGAUGA